AAUCUCACUGUAGAUGUCGUAAAACGAUGGCGGGUUGAAUGGAUUGAAUGGAUCAUUUGCCGUCGGCAAGCAUUAUUUACAUUUGUGGCCGAGCGUCGCGGUGACACCGAGAAUGAUCGAAAGUGCGUUACAAACUUUCUCAGAAAACUGCAAGGACCUGUACUUCCCAUCGACGAUAUGCGAGGUGCAGCAAGUGCCUUCUCCCCUGGAGUUUCACAGGCGGUGGGUAUGCCCCAACGUGCCGCUCAUAGUACGUGGGGGAAUCUCCCACUGGCCCGCCGUUCACAAGUGGACGCACCAGUACCUACGCGACAAAAUCGGAGCACGAACGGUUACCGUCGCGGUUACACCGAACGGCUACGCCGACGCCGUUCACGACGGCCUGUUCGUCAUGCCCGAGGAACGUCGCCUGUCGUUCGCCAAGUUUCUCGACAUCAUCGAACACCAGAGCGACUUCAAGGGCGUCUUCUACGUUCAGAAACAGAACUCCAACUUCACCGACGAGUUCGAGCCGCUAGCGGACGACGUGGACGUGGACAUAGCUUGGGCGACGACUGCCUUUGGAAAGGCGCCCGACGCCGUCAACUUUUGGGUGGGCGACGCGCGGGCGGUCACUUCGAUGCACCGCGACCACUACGAGAAUAUCUACUGCGUCGUGAAGGGACGGAAGGACUUCAUUCUGCUGCCGCCGACCGACCUGCCCUGGAUUCCGUACCGAAAUUUCCGGACAGCGACCUACCGGGAAAAUCGGGACACUGGGAUGUUCGAGGUUGUCCCGACAGACGGGGACUCGUCGGUGCCCUGGAUACCCCUGGACCCAGAAAGCCCGGACUUGGUGGAGUACCCAAGAUACGGCAGGGCGUCUCCCGUCGAGUUGUCGCUCCGGGCGGGGGACCUCCUGUACCUGCCGUCCCUCUGGUUCCACCACGUGAGGCAGAGUCACGGCUGCAUCGCCCUCAACUUCUGGUACGACAUGGAGUUUGACCUCAAGUACUGCUACUACAAGCUCUUGGAGGCCCUCGCGGAAAUCCCGGAAAGAAGCCACACCAGCCUGUGAAACCAGAGUUUAUUUAUAAAACCUGCCAAAGCCCAA